UUCUACAUUUUCACACCAUCUUCCAAACUUUCUCAAAAUUCCAAGUCCAACCAAGUUAAAGGCCACCAACAUAAACCCUAAUUGUGGUCCAAGCCAGCCUCCAAGGAAGAAAGAGAGAAACAGAGAAUGUGCUUGGUGUUCUUGUGUGGGAAAGAAGAGAGGGAGCUAGGGAGGCAACAAGCUCCAGGUGCAUGUCCACAUUGUGGAGGUAAAGUGGAAGCCAUGGAUUUUGAGAGUAAGUGGAGGUUCUGUUUCUUGCCAAUCUGUUACAAGAUCCACAGAAAAUACUUCUGUUCUUUGUGUUCUAGGCGUCUGGAAUUGAACUACUGAACCACCCCAAUAUAUAUAUCUCUUCUUUUUGGGUCUGAUCUUGUUUGAUUUUCAUGAGGAAGAUAUAUAUAUGGGGAUAAUUUAAUUUCUUCUUUUGCUAGCAUUAUGAUCAAUUUCUUGUUUCUCAGAUCUUGUUUUCUCACUCAAGAAACCAAAC